UCCAGCUGAUUACCCCAUGACAGUUCAGGAGAAUGCAUAAAGCAAACAGAAUCUUUCCCAUGGCUAUUCUGAUCUCACUCAUCUGAUUGGUAUUUGGAUUGUGAAAUGUUUUAAACAAACUGAAUACAUUUUAAAGGUUCGAUAUGUCGAUCAAAGUAUGGCUUUUAAAACGGAGAUGAAGUGGCAUGACCAGCGUUCUCAUCUUAACGAACUACGGCCCUGAGAUAUAUAAGCCGAUGUUUUGAGCUUGUGCAAGCAUUCGUUACCGGAGGAAAAGAGGAAUCCAAGUGCUUGUUUUGCGGAAAAUAUAAUAAAAAAUCAAAACAAUGAGGGCCCUGACAUUUGCACUUUUUACACUGAUGUAUAUGGAAGCAUCAGCUCAGUGGCAAAACGACUGGGACAGGCCGCUUAACUUCCAAUGCUCUUCCAAUAACGCCAUUUCAUACAUUACAUCUGUGCAUGACAACAGGAAGGAGGACAGACGAUUUAACUUCCACUGUAGACCUGUUCACACAGGCUCUGGAUCUGUUUCUUGCCACUUAUCAGGUUACGUGAACAAUUAUGAUCAGCCAGUCCUUUAUACGUGUCCAAAUGGUGGUUAUCUGAAUGGUGUGUCUAGUAUCCAUAACAACAGGAAGGAAGACAGGCAGUAUAGAUUUAGAUGCUGUGCUCCAAGUUCAGGCUAUUACCAUACGGACUGCACAUGGACUGGUUGGGUUAACAACUGGGAUGAAUAUUUUUCGUAUUCCGUUCCUCGUAAUUACGUCAUCAGAGGAAUCAACAGCAUUCACAAUAAUAGGAAAGAGGACAGAAGAUUUCAAUUUGAAAUCUGCCGGAUCACCUCACAAUGAAGAGGACGUUCUUGAUUUAUAACAUGUAGAAUACUGAAGUAAAUGAUUAAAAAACGUGUAGACCAA